AUGUCAUCUACUUCCACAUUUGCAUCAUCCAUCGAUGUGCGAAAGAUACUCCAGCUCAAGACAUACUUUGAUGAAAUUGAAGAGACCAACGGCGACGACGAAUGCAGAGCCUGGCUAGACAAAAUUUUUAAUGCCAAGGCCGAAUUGGCAGCAUUCGUCGCUAGCCGUCGGAAAGGAGGUCCAGCCACAGAGUAUGUCGGCUUUCUCAAAGGAUCCUUCAACUUCAGCUUCCAGUUUAGGUUCGGCGACGGAGGCCCAGACGCCAUUAUUCGAUUCCCAAAGCCCGGACACACGGCUACGGCCCUAAGAGAUGAAAAGGUCGCAAAUGAGGCCAUGGUCAUGGAAUAUAUCCGCCAAAACACCGCGAUUCCUAUCCCUCGUGUUCAUAGCUGGGGCCUCACCGCCGAGAGUCCGCAGCAGUUUGGCCCGUUCAUCAUAAUGGACCACGUCGAGGGAACCGUCUUAUCGACGGUCCUCAAACAACCCACUCAGAGCGACCAAGAGGAUCCAAUUUUGAAUCCAGACAUCGAUAGCAAAGCAUUAGAUACCAUCUAUCUCCAAAUCGCGAGUUACACUUUUCAGCUCUCUCAUCUAUCCUUCUCCCGCAUCGGCGCCAUCUCCAAGGAUCACGAUUCAAAUACGUGGUCUGUUACCAAACGGCCCCUCACGUACAACAUGAAUGAACUAGCAACUGUCUCGGGUUGCCCGGAUGACCAUUUCCCAACAACCACCUUUGAUAGCACAAGCGAUUAUCUCAAAUCCGUCGCAAGGCAGCACCUGGACCACGUUUGGGCUCAGCGCAACAUCGCGGACGACCCAGAAAUCGCCCAAGCGCGGUUUAUUGCUCGGCGUCAGCUACCCCGUCUUAUCCCAAAGUACUGCAUUCAUGACACGGGGCCAUUUCUACUCUUCUGCGACGACAUGCGGCCGUCCAACAUGCUCGUCAAUCUAGAAACCCUUCAAAUAACCGCAAUGCUCGAUUUCGAGUUUACAAAUGCAAUGCCGGCGCAAUUCACAUAUGAUCCGCCGUGGUGGCUACUAAUAUCUGGUCCAGAGGUGUGGCUUGAUCGCGGUUCUAUAGAAGAAUUCCGCACCCUCUAUACGCCCAGGAUGGAGCAGUUUCUUCGAGCCUUGGAACAGGUCGAAGGCGCGUCCCUAUCUAAAGGCACGGAGCGAACCGGACCGCCGCUUUCUGCUCGGAUGCGUGCUUCGUGGAGGAGUGGCGGGUUCUGGUUCAAUUAUGCAGCAAGAAAAAGCUUCGAGCUGGAUGCCAUUUACUGGGCCGUGUUGCAUGACGGGAGUGCUGAAUUUUCUCACCAGGACAUUGAAGAGAUGAACAAGUUCACGCAGACAAAGAUGGAGCAGCUGAAGGCCUACAAAGAGGAGUGUGAUGCUCGUUUUGCCUAA